AUGAACGCAAACAUGAUUUCAGAAGACGAGCAAGACUUGAGAGAUAUUCUUGAAUGGAUUGAAGAUGAAUUUGGAUCUCUUGAAGGUCAAACUUCAUAUGAAGAACCAGAUUUUGAAGAUCAACUUUCUUAUGACGAUACAAUUCCUGAUAAUAAACUUUUCUAUGAUCACUCAAUUCCUCAAGUCCAACCUUUACACGAAGAUCAAAUUCCUGAACAGCCUUUCGAUAUUAAUCAAUUUUUGAAUGACUCUCAAGGAUUAUCAUUUUAUGAUGGUGUUGAAACUAUUAGACAAAAUCUUUUUGAAGCUGAUGGAAGUCAAUUUACAUUGAAUAUUUGCAGUCAAGAUGCUAUCAAUAGUCCUCCACAUGAUACCAUUUCCUUUAACUCAAUCUUUUCAGCAUGUAGUACUACUUUAGCUCAAAAUCUUAGUAAUAACUCUGAAAAUUCUACCAUUAGUUUAGAUUCAGCUACCAAUGAAGUUUUAAGCUAUAAAUCUACUUCGACUCAGAUUGUUAACAGUAGUUCUUUUAAAGACAAUUCUUUUUUAGAUUCAGCAACUUCAACUGUUGAUGCAUUGAGUUAUAAUACAAAUUCAAGAAAUGUCAAAAUUUCGAUUGAACAUAGUAGAGAAAAUCAACCAAGUGCUCAUUCAACUAGUCCUUUUGAAGAUUUUAAAGUGGAAGGAUUAAAUCCAUCUAAUGAAAGAUUUAAAGUUGUUGAUGAUAGAUACGUCAAAAUCAAUCCAAAAGAAAAAGUGACUUGUUUGACUUGUAACAAGAUUGAAUACAGUAAAGAAUAUAAAGGAACAAUUAUUAAGAAAGAGAAUUUAGAAUUCAAUCAUGUUUAUGGAGAUCAGUCCAAGAUCGAUCCUCGUCUUAGUUGUUCUCAAACAAGAACUAAGUAUGAAAGAUUCAUUGAUGAGAUUCAAGAUUCAAUCACAAACAUUACAUAUGUUACCAAUGCAGAAUUUAAUGAUUUACACCCAUAUGAACCACAACAUGUUAGAUAUGAAAUCAGGGAGGACGGAAGUUUGAAUCGUGGAACUACAUCUGGGUUAUGUCCAUAUUGUGAAGAGAUCAAAUUCUUACCAUUUAAGAAUUCGAGUUAUUUAUCACAUUUAUCUUUAGAACAUGGUAUAUUUGCUACUGGAUAUUUAGUUCCCGAACCUCAAGUUAUUGAUGAAGAUGGUACUACGAGAAGAAAGGUUUCACUUGGUUCAAAUGUUACUCCAGAUGUAAAAAAUCAAGUACUUUGUCCUGUUUGUGGUUACGUUAUUUUGACUAAUUGUUGGAGAACUAAAGAAAAUCCUUUCCUUAGUUAUUACCGUCACUUCAAAGAGAAACACAAUAGAAUAACUUCUAAUCUUCGUCAAAAGGUGAAUCAACAAGCUCCUCUCAGGAAUAGGGGAAGAAACAUUAAACCUCUUGAAGGAAGCGAUUUAGAAACUUAUAUUGCAAGUGCGAAAAGAAGGCGUCUAGAAAAUGGGCCCAACCUUCUGUAUAAUGUCUUUCCCAGAAACACAAGAUAA